GCAUCUGUGAUAAUCAGUGAGGAAAACUCAAAAAUUUACUGCGAUAAUCUGCUGACCAAUAAGACUCUCUCACUGCAGAUCACGUCGAAUCUUCGAAAGGAGUUUCCUAUCCCAUUCCCAAUCCAUUGUCUUUGACAAUGCAAACUUAUUAGAAUUAUUACAGUCUCUGUUCCGCCGACGUUCCCUUCGAUGCAGUGGAAGGGAAAAUAGGAGUUUUUGGUAGAAAACAGUUAGGAAGAGAGAGAGAGAGAGAGAGAGAGAGAGAUUUUUUUUUUCUUCUAGUUGGGGGGUAAGUAAAAGAGAGUUGCAUGAAGGAAAAUAUAAUAAAGCAUUAAAUGCGAGUUGGUUGAUGUGGUUUCUUUCCUUCGAUAUAGCUCUUUUUUCUCUUAGGGACUAAGCAUACCCAUCUCUUUCUAUUUAUUAUCAUGUUUAUGUAUCAGUCAUUUUGAACCAGGCAGCAGGCCUUUUGGAGAUCGCGAAGACCCCAGCUAUAUAAAGCUUCGAUUUGUUUUUGUAGAAUCCCCACCCCGAAUAUGGAUUUUAUUGCACACCCAUCUGUUCUUGCUUCCUCUUCAUCGUCUCUCCUUUUGAAUUUCUUUGAAAGGGUUAGAGAUACUUUCCAUUUCGCGGUGUCUGCGGUUCUUGGGAGCAUCUUAUCUGCGAUCUUCACCUUCUUCUUUGCAUUAGUGGGCACCUUGUUAGGAGCUAUGACUGGAGCUUUGAUAGGCCAAGAGACCGAAAGCGGUUUUGUUAGAGGGGCUGCCGUUGGAGCAAUAUCUGGAGCUGUUUUCUCCAUUGAAGUCUUUGAAUCUUCUCUUGUUCUUUGGCAAUCAGAUGAAUCCGGUUUUGGAUGUCUCCUCUACUUGAUUGAUGUUAUUGCAAGCCUUCUGAGUGGCAGACUAGUUCGCGAGCGGAUUGGUCCGGCCAUGUUAAGUGCUGUGCAGAGUCAGAUGGGUGCUGUGGAAGCAAGCUUUGAUGAGAUCUCAAACAUCUUCGACAUCGGUGGAGCCAAGGGUUUGCCGGGAGAUUCAGUUGAAAAAAUCCCAAAGAUCAUAAUCUCAAAGAACAACAAUGUAGAUGCUUCUGGAGAGGAAGUCUCUUGUUCAGUGUGCCUUCAGGAAUUUCAGCUUGGAGAGACAGUUAGAUGCUUGCCUCAUUGCCAUCAUAUGUUUCACCUACCUUGCAUAGAUAAGUGGCUCCUCAGGCAUGGUUCUUGCCCAUUAUGCAGGAGGGAUCUGUGACCAAUUCUCAAUGUAAAUUACAAGUGAAGAAAAUUUUCUUUUAUUGUUUAUACAAUCAUUAACUUUUAGGACUUUUCUGUUUUGUUUCACUUGAAUACUUCGGGCCAUCGUUACUAUGGUAGUUGGAGAUUCAUAUCGCUAUAUGAGUUGGGUCAUUGUAGUACUAGAGAUCAUGUAUAAAAAAAAUUUUGAGUUGCGGCAGUUUUUAUUGCCUUUGAUCA